UCAAGUGCGCGUCAAACGUCCCUAGCUUUCUGAUAGAGUUGGGCUGAGAAUAAAAUAUUUCGAAAUCAAAUAUUUGUGUUGGACUCUGGUUUUUAAUCGACGUUUAGUAGAUUCACUGGCUUUGAUAAAGUUACGGAUUUUGUGCAUCACUUAAAGCGUAGAAGUUUAUUUUCAAAAUGAUCGAACCGAACAACAUUAAUUUGUCAUCCUGUCGAAUAUGUUUGACUAUUAAGAGACCUUUGUGUCCAUUAUUUAAGUACAAACUUUCUGGGAACUAUGCAGAAAUGUUAACAGCAAUAGCAGAUGUUAAGGUUUCCUCAAAUGAUGGUUUACCAGAGAAGAUUUGUAACAAAUGUUGUACAUCAUUAGAGAAAGCUUUCCUCCUUAAAAGUGUUGCAGAGAGGUCAGAUCGUGAGUUAAGAAAAUUAAUCGCAAAAGCGAAUAAAGAUAUGCCAACUAAAAAAAUUGCAUUUGAUUCUUUUACUGACAUAAAAAGUGAGAUUGGGCCCUUAGCUGUGAAACAUGAACCGAAAUGGGAAAUGGAAAUAGACUUAAUGAAUAACCCUAAUGACAUCGUAAAGGUUGAAACUAUUGAUGGAAAAGACAUAAUUAUUGCUGACACAGUCAUAAGAAAAGUGGAAUCAGGAAAUGGAUAUAAUUUAUCUAAUGAUAAUUCACAGAACUUUAAUAUUGAUGCUGAAUAUUUAGAUGAUGAUAUUUACCAAGAUGAUGAUGAUGAAGAUUAUGUGCCAACAACAGAGAAGUGCAAAGCUAAAUUCAAAAAGCCAAAGCUGUCAGAAAUCAAGGUUUUCAAAGCAAAAAAACAAAUUGUAAAAAAAGUGAAAGUCGUAAGACACUUUAAACAUGAAACGGAAGAAUCCUCCAAUAAUGGUGAUGAAAAGAAGUCUACGACUAUUACUUGUUACCCAAUAAUGAAAAAUGGUGCAAAGGGCCCUCCGAUACUUUUGAAAAGACCAAAAGAUGCUACAUUGUUAAAAAUACAUCCUAACUACAGAUCUAGGGCGACAGACAGGAAAUCUGAUGCUAGGAUGAUGAGACGAGAUAUUUCUAUGAGAAAGGUGAAGAGUGUAAAACCUAUGCCAAAAGAGAGAGAAAAACUUGUAUGUCCAGUCUGUGGAAUACUGACCUACACACUUACUAAUCAUAUAGCAACACAUGAAGAGAAAAAGAAAUAUACUUGUAAUGAAUGCCCGAGAUCUUUUGUGCAAAAAAGUAAUUUGUUAGUACAUCUUAAGCAACAUACUGGGAUUAAAGAUCACAUUUGUGAAAUUUGCGGUGCUGGAUUCUACACACAAAAAUCAUUAAUAAGACAUAAUCUUAUUCACAAAGGAGAAAGACCAUAUCAAUGCAAUUUAUGUUCAAAGAAAUUUAUUGCGCGUUGCGAUCUAAACCGACAUCUACGCAUUCACGCCGGUUAUAAGCCGUUCAAGUGCGCGACUUGCGCAAUGUCCUUUAACGCGAAGCACCAGCUGCAGAACCACGAGCGCAUGCACACAGGGGAACGGCCUUACUCAUGUCAAGUAUGCAACGUAGCAUUUAGUUACAAGGUGAACCUGAAUAACCACGUGUUAAAAAUACAUGGUAUUAACUUAAAGUUCAAGUCGAUCCACACGGUGACGGAUGAAGUCUUAAGACGAGAGAUGGGCAUACUGAACGAGGCAAGAGAGGCGAUCGCGCACAUCAUGCCGCAGCUGGGAGACGUGCCCACGCCCGCCGCGCACGAGACCGUGCGCCACUCCUCGGACUACAGCGUGUAGACUCACUGGGCUGAACUUGAAGCGUCCACGCAAUCGUCUGUGCUGUUCAGUGACUUGACUGUUGUGUUCAGUGAUUUGACUGCUACAUAUGGUGUUGUUAACUUUUCAAUAGAGUGAAUAAACUAUUGCAUGUAAGAACAUGUUCGUGUGCUUGAGAUUAUACACUGAUCGGUGAACGACGAAUUUAAAAUGGAUUGUGUUAAUUUUUUAUUUCUCUUUUUGUGUUCUUCCUUAUGAUAUUCAAUAUUAUUAUAUAAGUAUAUAUUUUUCAAAAGUUGUGUAGUUAAUUUUUAUGUACUUCAAAGUUAAUGAAGUUGAUCUACAGCUCAAUGUAAAAUUCGUUAGUUUCAUUAAGAGUCUAUUUCACCAGUUGUGGAUAACGAACGCUAUUUGACUGAUGACGAUAUCCAACGGAUAUAAGUUUUUGAUGUAUUAUUCUCUUUCACUAUAGAAUUCCACUGUAUUUAUGAGAUAUUUCUAUACGCAAGUAUAAAUUAUUAAUUGUGGUGAAACAGGUCCUAAAGGCCUAUUCUACCUCCUGCUGUUAGAAUUUAAUCAUAACUUAUUUGCAGAAUAAACUUUAUCCACAACUGAUGAAACAGGCCCCAAGUUUAAAUUAUAUAUACGAGUCACUUGUUACAAAAACUAAAACUAUACUGUACAUAAUAUUCUGUUGCAAAAUGUUAAGAAGGGUUGCAUCAGACCAUUUUUUUAAGUUUAACAUAAAAAAUUACUGUUUAGUUUAAUAAGUUUGUGUUGUAAAUAAUAAUGUUUUAAACAGAAUAAACUGUUAAAAGAAUUCGUUUUUUUUUUCUUGACAAAAAUGUUUGUAGUCGCUAGUAUUUCAAUAAUGUUACAAAUUAUGAGUAGACUUAAAUAAAACAAUAAUUGAAUGAAA